AUGGCUUCAUCGUUGGCAUUAUUACGGAGGAGAGCUUCUUCUAGUUCGGUGGUACUCCUCAACAAAAACCCAAAAAAAUUGUUUUUCAAUCCAAUCCUCCGUUCUGACGUUGCAGUAGCAGUAGAACCACCGUUGUUUUUUCCUAUUCGUGGUCGUCGUGCCUUCAACACCAAUUCAUCAUCUCACUUUGAUGAUUUUGAGAGCAACGUCAACGUGGUCCGCGUCUCCUCCUCUGAUGGAUCAUCCUCUCGUAUCUUGUUGGAUGUGAUCGACACAUCCUCACUGUCUAGGGCCUCCAACAGGAAUCAGAUGAUGGAGACUGGAUCAAUGCCAAUAGUAGAUAUGAAAUAUGUGGAGAAUGGUGGUGGGGUCUACAUAAGUACCAAACUGCCUGGCGUAGAGAAGAAGGACGUGAAGGUUAUGGUUUCGGUGGAAAAGAAUAUGAUGUACGUCGCAGCAGGAGGCUACAAGGAAGAGGAGGAAAGUGGAAGAUGGGGAGUCAGGUAUUUUUGCAGGAUUGUUAUUCUUGAGAAGCUCUACAAGCUGUACAAGAUGGAUGAUCAGAUCGAGGCAGAGAUGAAGAAUGGAGUGCUCAGGACGAUUAUUCUCAAAAGAGUCAAAGAGGCCGCAGGAGGAGGAGAGUAA